AUGAAAAGUCUUGGUAAAAUGAUUGUUGCAAUUGGAAGUGAAAAUAAGGCUAAAAUUAGAGCAGCACAAUUAGGAUUUGAUCAAGCAUUUAAAGAGUGUCAAGUUACAAUUGUUGGAUGUAAAGCAGCAUCAUUAGUAUCAGAUCAACCAAUGUCUGAUGAAGAAUGUAUUAAGGGUGCAAUUAACAGAGCUAAAGAAUCUUUAAUCAAAGUACCAGAAGCUAAAUUUGGUGUUGGAAUGGAAGGUGGUGUAAAUAAUAUUAAAGAUCCAGUCGAUAAAUGGUAUGAGUGUGGUUGGAUCGCUGUAGUUUCACGUGAUGACCCAGAGAAUAUUGGUAUUGCCUCAACUGCUAGAUUCGAAUUACCACCAAAAGUAAUGCACGAAAUCAUUGUAAAUAAAAAAGAACUUGCAGUUAUCAUGGAUGAAUUAACCCAACAAACUGACAUAAGAUCAAACGAAGGUGCCAUGGGUGUUUAUACAAACUCAAUAUUACAUCGUGACCAUAUUUACUCACACGGUUUAAUAUUUGCAUUAUCUAGAUUUAUAACAAAACCAGAAUAUUGGUAA